ACCCCGAUUUGCUGCUGAGUCAGACACCAUAUCCUAGCUCUGCGGCACUGCAGCACCGGCACCAACAACAGCAUCGGCACCAACAACAGCAUCAGCACCACCAGCAGCUCCAUCAUCAGCGCAUACAGCGGCUCCAUCAUCAGCGUGUACAGCAGCUCCAUCUGCACCAACACCCCGCCGCUCCUGCUCCCUCCAGCACCAUGGCCAGCACUCUCUCAGCCUACAAGGAGAAGAUGAAGGAACUUUCUAUGAUAUCGAUGAUCUGCUCUUGCCUCUACUCCCAACCUCAUGCCAAGACUAUCUAUCAAUAUGAAGACAUGGAGGUGAAGCAGUUGAAUAAAAGGGCAUCAGGGCAGAGUUUCGAAGUUAUUCUGAAGCCACCCACCGACUUAUCACCAGAGAGUCCUCCUCUCACCACCUCACCCACAAAAAAAGACAUUUCCCUGAAGGAACUUCAGAAGAGACUGGAAGCUGCAGAAGAGAGGAGGAAGACCCAAGAAGCUCAGGUUCUGAAGCAGCUGGCCGAAAAGAGGGAGCAUGAGAGGAAUGUUCUGCACAGGGCCUUAGAAGACAACAAUAACUUCAGCAGGAUUGCUGAGGAGAAGUUGAACUAUAAGAUGGAACUAAGCCAGGAGAUCCGAGAUGCAAACUUAGCUGCUCUGAGGGAACGUCUCCGGGAGAAGGAGAUCCAUGCAGCAGAAGUUCGCAGGAACAAGGAGCAGCGAGAGGAGAUGUCUGAAUAAGAGCUUUCCUGCCAAGUUAUGAUGAAAAGAAAACUAUUUCACCUACAUGCAACCUCAUAUGUCUAUCUCCAUCUCACAAGCCUUGGGCUAUGUUUGUCUGACCCACCAUCUCAGCCCAGCUCUUACCCACCUGACACACCCAACCUGCAAAGGGAGAGCUCUAGGAAAUCCUGAUAUGCAUCACACCCUUGCAGAUUCCCAUUAGAAUUCCCAUGAACGAGAAAGCUUUGCAGACUGGGGUACCAUGACGUUUGGAAGAUGUUUGUGUUUAGGAACAGAAGCAGAAGUCUGGCUACUAGUUACUCUGUGUGACAGUGCCUUUAGCUUGUUAGACUUACUCUCAGUGACCUCCUGUCUCACACCAACACUGUCACAUAGAUGGUAGUACUCCAGGUCUAUCCAUUGUAGCUGAUUAUUUCUGUGCAAGGUGAAAAGGUGAGACUGAAUAUAUCUGUACACUGGCUAUUCAAUAAAUUCAUUACUUUUGAGUCCAUCA